AUGGGCAACCCGCCGGCCAUCGUCAAGGUGGCGCUGGAGUCCAUCUGCCUGCUGCUCGGGGAGAACGCCACCGACUGGAAGGCCAUCCGCGCCGUCAUCAUGCGCGAGAACUUCAUCAACAGCAUCGUCUCCAACUUUUCCACCGAGGACAUCACUGACGAUGUUCGCGAGAAGAUGAAGACUCGUUAUCUAAGUAAUCCGGAUUACAACUUUGAAAAAGUUAACAGGGCCAGUAUGGCCUGUGGUCCUAUGGUCAAAUGGGCCAUUGCUCAGAUUGAAUAUGCGGACAUGUUGAAACGUGUUGAACCCUUGCGAAAUGAGCUUCAAGCUCUGGAAGACCAGGCGCAGAGCAAUGUUACCGCUGGAAAUGAAGUGCGCGAUUUGAUCGCACAGCUGGAAAAAUCUAUUGCUUCUUACAAAGAAGAAUAUGCACAACUCAUCAGUCAAGCGCAAGCAAUUAAAACCGAUCUUGAAAAUGUACAGGCAAAGGUGGAUAGGUCAAUAGCCCUAUUGAAGAGUCUGGUUAUUGAACGAGAACGAUGGGAAUCAAGUUCGGAAACGUUCCGCUCACAAAUGAGCACCAUCAUUGGAGACGUUUUGCUGUCUGCAGCUUUUAUUGCUUACGGUGGAUAUUUCGACCAGCAUUAUCGACAAAACCUGUUCUCCACUUGGACGAACCACUUGGCGGCGGCGAACAUCAAGUUCCGCGCGGACAUCGCGCGCACGGAGUACCUCAGCAACCCGGACGAGCGCCUGCGCUGGCAGGCCAACGCGCUGCCCACCGACGAGCUGUGCGUGGAGAAUGCUAUUAUGCUUAAACGCUUCAACCGUUAUCCACUAAUCAUCGACCCAUCGGGACAAGCGACUGAGUUUAUUAUGCGCGAAUUCAAGGAACGUAAAAUUACAAAAACAUCUUUCCUCGAUGAUUCGUUCAGGAAAAAUUUGGAAUCUGCGCUGCGUUUCGGUAAUCCUCUACUGGUACAGGACGUAGAGAACUACGACCCUAUUCUGAACCCGGUCCUCAACCGCGAGCUGCGCCGCACCGGCGGCAGGGUGCUCAUUACACUCGGAGACCAGGACAUCGACUUGAGUCCGUCAUUCGUCAUCUUCUUGAGCACCAGGGACCCAACAGUAGAGUUUCCGCCGGACAUGUGCUCCCGAGUGACGUUCGUGAACUUCACGGUGACGCGCUCGUCGCUGCAGUCGCAGUGCCUGCACCGCGUGCUCAAGGCGGAGCGCCCGGAUAUCGACACCAAGAGAUCCGAUCUGCUGAAAUUACAGGGUGAAUUCCAUCUACGUCUGCGACAGUUAGAAAAAUCUCUACUCCAAGCUCUUAAUGAUGCUAAGGGCAAAAUUCUUGAUGAUGAUUCUGUUAUCGCAACUCUCGAGACACUAAAGAAAGAGGCAGAUGAUAUUGGACAAAAGGUUGAAGAAACAGAUAAAGUUAUUGCUGAAAUCGAAACUGUCAGUCAACAAUAUUUACCGUUGUCACAAGCGUGCAGCAGCAUCUAUUUCACGAUGGAAGCUCUUCAUCAAGUCCAUUUCCUAUAUCAGUAUUCUCUGAAAAUGUUCUUGGAUAUAUUCAGCACAGUGCUGAACUGCCCGGGUCUUACCGGAGUUUCAGAUUAUACCGCUAGAUUGAAAACUAUCACAGAAGAACUAUUUACGGCGGUGUACGAGCGCGUGGCGCGCGGCAUGCUGCACACGGACCGGCUGACGUUCGCGCUGCUGCUGUGCCGCAUCCAGCUGAAGGGCACGGGCGCCGACGACACGCUGGAGCAGCAGUUCGGCGUGUUCCUGCGCGGCCGCGAGGGCUUCGUGGCCAACACGCCGCCGCGGGACCCGCUCUCGCAGCACCAGCACGACGCUGCUGCCAGGCUCAGCUCCAGACUGGUGGCAUUCCGCCGGCUGCUGGAGAAGGCGGGCGAGCUGCCCGAGCUGCCGGCGUGGCUGGCGCAGGCGGCGCCCGAGCAGUGCGUGCCCACGCUGUGGGACUGCGACGCCGCCGCGCCGCCGCGCCCGCACACGCUCGCCAUGUACCGCCUGCUGCUCAUACAGGCAUUCAGACCCGAUCGUGUGAUAGCAGCAGCAACCCAACUAGUCGCAUCGGUUUUGGGCCCAAGUUUCAUGGCGAAGGCUGAAACCGAGUUAGAAUUGUCCAGUAUCACUGAGCACCAACUGAACGCAACCACUCCAGCGUUGCUGUGCUCCGUGCCCGGAUACGAUGCUAGCGGUCGUGUGGACGACAUGGCAACUGAACUUAACAAGCCACUCUCAAGCAUCGCUAUUGGUUCAGCAGAAGGUUUCAACCAAGCUGAGCGCGCUAUUAACACCGCCUGCAAGACUGGAAGAUGGGUAAUGCUAAAGAACGUGCACCUGGCCCCGGUGUGGCUGGUGCAGCUGGAGAAGAAGCUGCACUCGCUGCAGCCGCACCCCGCCUUCAGGCUGUUCCUCACGACGGAGAUCAGCCCCAAGCUGCCCGUCAACCUGCUGCGCGCCGGCCGCGUGCUGGUGUUCGAGCCGCCGCCCGGCAUACGCGCCAACCUGCUCAGGACUUUCGCUACCGUACCCGCAGCCCGCAUGAUGAAACAGCCUUCCGAGCGUGCCCGACUCUACUUCUUACUGGCGUGGUUCCAUGGUAUCGUCCAAGAGCGUCUCCGUUACGUGCCGCUGGGCUGGGCUAAGUACUACGAGUUCAACGAGUCCGACCUGCGCGUGGCUUGCGAUACCCUAGAUACAUGGAUUGACGCCACUGCUAUGGGUCGUACAAACUUGCCACCAGAAAAGGUGCCAUGGGAAGCCUUAGUGACCUUGCUUUCACAGUGCAUCUACGGCGGUAAAAUAGACAAUCUGUUCGACCAGCGACUGCUACACUCCUUCCUGUGCAAACUGUUCACACCUAGGUCUUUCGAGGCUGAUUUUGCUCUUGUAGCCAACGUUGAUGGGGCAUCAGGCAACCAAAGGCACAUUACAAUGCCUGAUGGAAACCGCCGCGAUCAUUUCCUCAAAUGGAUCGAAGAACUGUCGGACAGACAAACACCGUCAUGGCUUGGACUGCCAAAUAAUGCUGAAAAGGUCUUAUUAACAACCCAAGGAAGCGAUCUUGUCUCCAAACUUCUGAAAAUGCAACAACUUGAGGAUGAAGAGGAACUAGCAUACAACGCUGCCACUCAAGAUCAUGAUCCACUUUCAAUCGUCGUGGAGGGCGACGGCCGCCCAGCUUGGAUGAAGACCUUACAAGAAACCUCAACUAGUUGGUUGCAACUUCUACCUAAAGAACUACCAACUCUCCGUCGUACAGUGGAGAAUAUCAAAGACCCUUUGUAUCGUUUCUUCGAGCGCGAAGUGGCGGCGGGCGCCUCGCUGCUGCAGCAAGUACUGCACGAUCUACACAACGUCACUGCUAUAUGUCAGGGUUCAAUGAAGCAGACGAACGAGACGCGCGCGAUGGUGGGGUCGCUGGUGCGCGGCAUGCUGCCGGCGGGCUGGCGGCGCUACGCCGUGGCGCGCGGCUGCACCGUGCAGCAGUGGGUGGACGACUUCGCGCGCCGCGUGCAGCAGCUGGCGCACGUGUCGCGCACCGUCGCCGACCAGGGCGCCAAGCGCUUGCAGAGCAUUCCUGUGUGGCUCGGUGGGCUGCUGAACCCGGAGGCAUACAUUACGGCCACACGCCAGUGCGUCGCUCAAGCUAAUUCAUGGUCGCUUGAAGAAUUAAACUUACAGGUGACUAUCCCAGACCCGGGCACUCCCGCUGAAAACGCGCAGACGGAGUGGUCGUUCACGGUGACGGGUCUGAAGCUGCAAGGCGCCACCGUCAAAGGGAAUCGCUUGCUGCUCACCAACACUAUUAUGGUUGACCUUCCGCUCACAGUGCUUACUUGGAUUCGUGGAGCGGAACCGGCCAGUGCGGGACAGACGCUGACGCUGCCGGUGUACCUGAACAGCGCGCGCUCCGAGCUGCUGUUCACCGUGCGCCUCCCCAUCGCGGCCGGGCAGGAGCCCCACGCCUUCUACGAGAGAGGCGUCGCCCUGCUCACAUCUACUGCACUCAAC